AUGAAGAAUAUUGCACAACUCUGUCUAGCAGUCUUGCCAUCACUUCUGUUCCUCUUCACUCCUAAAGGGAUUUGUGCCCAGAGUGUGCAUUGCCAGUGGGGGCCAUAUGGGGAUUGGUCAGAGUGCGAUGGGUGCACCAAAUUGCAGACCAGAACACGAGCCAUGGCUGUCUAUGCUCAGUUUGGAGGAAACCCUUGCCCAGGGGAGCGAACAGAGACCAGGUCCUGUGAAACCACAAAAGGCUGCCCUCUAGAGGAUGGAUGUGGAGACAGGUUUCGCUGCAGAUCAGGGAAGUGUGUUAGCCAAUCUCUAGUGUGUAACGGAGAUCAGGACUGUGAGGAAGAUGGACAGGAUGAACAAGGUUGUGACCCAUUACAAAAAUACAUUGUAUGUUCACAUUCAGCUCCCCCACCUAACACUGAACUCUUGGGACUCGGGUAUGAUGUGGUGACUGGAAAGAGGAGGGGUAGUGUCAUCAACACAAAGAGCUUUGGGGGUCAGUGUCGCACCAUGUUCAGUGGGGUCCACAAUAAUGUCUACAGACUGCCCCUGAGUACUAUCCAGUACAGCUUUAUGGUUAAAGCACAGAAUGAUUUCAGUGAUGAGAUGUUCAAAAGUGAAUGGCAUUAUGCAAAGGACAUUGUCAAUAGACAGACAGUGUCCGGGACCACAACAGGAUUUCGUAACUAUGAAUUCCAUGAGACAUAUGACAAGACUAAGGUUCACAAGAUUUUGGUUUUAAAGAAUGACAUAGAGGUCGCUCAGUUCCAGAGUAACUCUCCUCAGUACCUCCCAAUAUCUGAGGAGUUCUGGAAGGCACUGGCCAAACUACCAUCUGUCUAUGACUAUGCCGCCUACAGGAAGGUUUUGGAAAAGUUUGGUACACACUACCUUUCUGAAGGAAACCUUGGAGGCUCCUUCAAAGUUGUGGCCAAGAUUGAUGAAAAAACCGAACGAUGGACGGAGUCUGAAAGCCUGCAGUAUAAUGAAUGUGAAAGGACUAGACGUUGGUUUCUGAUAUUCCCCAUCACCCAUGUGGACUGUUGUCAAGGUCAAAGUGGUUACAGCAAACCCAGGGGUGCUCAAACAAUUAAACAUGUGCAUAAGGUGGACGUAGAUGGAGGAGACCUUCCAUUUAUAGCAGGACUGAAAACCAUGGACUUCAAUAAUCCAGAAAGGAAUUGGGAAAUAUACUCAAACUGGGCUGACUCUAUUCAAUCGUUUCCACAGGUUACCAAACAAAAGCUGCGGCCGCUGUCAGAGCUGGUGAAGGAGGUUCAUUGUGCUGGGGUGAAAAAACUCUACCUUCGCAGAGCCAUAGAGCAGUACCUUAGUGAGAGUGACCCCUGCCACUGCCAGCCCUGCAGAAACAAUGGCAUGGCUGUCAUGGAUGGAGAUGUAUGCAAAUGCAUCUGUAAGCCUGGAACAUUAGGCCUGGCCUGUGAGCAGGAAAGUGAAGUGGAGGGUCAGCAGGGAGUGAUUCAUGGGGGUUGGUCCUGUUGGUCUUCCUGGUCAACAUGUUCUGGGAAUCGGAGGUCGCGAAGACGUUCCUGCUCUAAUCCCACUCCUCAGAACGGGGGAGAGAGCUGCAUCGGAGAAACCACUGAGACAUCUGACUGUGAAGACGAAGACAUACGAUACUUAAAAACCAUGGAGCCUCAGUGCUUUGACCUGACCCUCCCAGCAAGUCAGAAGUGUGGAGUCCCACCUGCUCUAAUCAAUGGCUACAUUCUGGACCCUAAGGACAUUUACAUUGUGGGUAGUAAGGUUGAGUACACUUGCGCUGAAGGUUUCUUUCUUAUUGGUCACAGCACCCUAGAAUGCACUGCUGAUCAAACUUGGUCUGCCAGACCCGGACUGUGUACAAUUUCAAGGUGCACAAUCGGGUCCCUCGCUGAUGAUCUCAUUGCCUCUCCAUUAAAGCAGGCCUAUACAAUAGGGGAGACAGUUACUUUGUCUUGCCCAGAGGGCAGACAGCUUCUAGGAGAAGCAACAAUUAUUUGUGACGCCAGUCUAAAUUUUUCACCAGAUCCAGCAAAUAUCAAAUGCAGCCCAGUCAGUGUGCCAGAACAACCCAUCAUUCCUUCAGCAAUAUGUCAGCAGUGGGAGAAGUCUUCCAGAGGAAAAUGUGUUUGCAAAAUGCCUUUUGAGUGCGGUUCAUCUUUGGAGUUGUGCUCCACUAGUCCUGUCCUGAGGGGAAAGUCAAUCCUUCUCAGUGUGUGCAAAUUACAUGCACUGCAGUGUCUGAAGAAGAACCACGUAAUAGCAGAGGACAGCACCUGCGAGUGGCCACUGCGCAACACAACUACAGACUGUACCAACUGUCAGAUGUGGGAAACCUGUGAUGAUCAAACAAAUAAGUGUCGCUGUAAGGACUCUGCAGAGUGUUCGACCCCAGGAUAUAAUGUGUGUGUUCGUGUUGGGGAGGAUGCGACUGCAGCCACGCAGACCAUGAGCGAGUGUGAAGCAGGACUACGGCGAUGUAAAGAAGAAAAGGUGUCAGUUGUCAAUAUCCAGCCAUGCACCACUUGAGGAUACAGGAGGAUGGUUGACCUUACAACUCUAUUAUACAUUCCUUAUAGUUCCUGAAUCAGUAUUUUUUAGGUAAAGGAGCAUUAUUAUGCAUGUGUAAAGUAGAAUAAAACUGUAUUGAACCAGCAAAUAAAUAAUAAAGCACAAGGUAUGCUUAA